ACGCACGGCCCCUUCUUUCUUUUUUUUCUUUUUUUCUUUUCUCAUUUCUUCUUUCGGAUUCUUCCUCUCCUCUUCCUCUUGACCGAACAGAACCAAGAGAGAGACCGAGAGAGAGACACAGAAAGACCGAGUUUGAGAGAGAGAUUCACCGAGUGAGAGAUCGAGAGGUCCGAUUUUUGGAUUGGGUCGUCUGUGGGUCGGAGCUGACGGCGCCGGGGGAGCCAAGGAGCGUUUUCCGACGUUUUUCUCGGUACCCAAACAAGGAGGAGCUCGUUUUUGGGAUCCAGGUCGCUAACACUAAGCCUUUUAUUGCAGUGACAAGUGUCAAGACAUUGUACUUACAGGAAGUGAGUAUUGUUGUCUAUUGAUGAUGUUUGAAGCCUCUCUGAAUCCCCAAAUUGAGAUAUCCAGUGCAAUGGCAUCAGCAGUUUUGAAAAUAGUGAAUACUACUAUAGAUUGGGUGACUUUUGCUUUAGAUGCCCCUUCUGCUCGAGCUGUUGUUUUUGGAGUGCAUAUCGGCGGGCAUUUAUUUGUGGAAGUUCUUCUUUUGGUGGUCAUCCUUUUCCUACUUUCCCAGAAAAGUUACAAGCCCCCUAAAAGGCCAUUAACAAUGAAGGAAAUGGAUGAGCUAUGUGAUGAAUGGGUUCCAGAACCCCUCAUUCCUUCUCUUACAGAAGAGAUGCAGAGCGAACCUCCCGUGUUGGAAAGUGCUGCAGGGCCGCAUACAGUAGUCAACGGCAAAGAAGUUGUCAAUUUUGCUUCAGCAAAUUAUCUUGGAUUGAUAGGACACGAGAAGUUGCUUGCAUCAUGUACCUCUGCAUUGGAGAAAUAUGGUGUUGGUUCAUGUGGUCCUCGUGGGUUCUACGGAACAAUCGAUGUACACCUUGAUUGUGAGGCCAGAAUAGCAAAGUUUUUGGGAACCCCUGAUUCAAUUCUCUAUUCAUAUGGACUUUCCACCAUGUUCAGUGCAAUUCCAGCUUUUGCCAAAAGAGGAGAUAUCAUUGUGGUGGAUGAGGGAGUACACUGGGGAAUACAAAAUGGCCUUCAUCUUUCUAGAAGCACAAUCGUGUAUUUCAAGCACAAUGAUAUGGAAUCUCUAAGAAAUACACUGGAGAAAGUCACUGCAGAGAAUGAGCGGGCUAAGAAAUUGCGGCGCUACAUUGUUGUUGAAGCUGUGUACCAGAAUUCUGGCCAAAUAGCUCCCUUAGACGAGAUCAUUAGAUUGAAGGAAAAAUAUAGGUUUCGUGUUUUAUUGGAUGAGAGCAACUCAUUUGGUGUGCUCGGCAGUUCUGGAAGAGGUAUCACCGAGUAUUUUGGGGUUCCGAUUGAGAAGAUAGAUAUUAUUACUGCUGCAAUGGGACAUGCAUUAGCCACAGAAGGAGGAUUCUGCACUGGAAGUGCCAGAGUCAUUGAUCACCAACGAUUGAGCAGUUCUGGAUAUGUUUUCUCUGCUUCUUUGCCCCCAUAUCUUGCGAGUGCUGCAAUAACUGCUAUUGAUGUCCUAGAGGAAAAUCCUGUUCUGUUAAAGAAACUGAAGGAAAACAUUGCUCUAUUAUGGAAAGGAUUGUCAGAUAUACCGGGCAUCUCGAUAGCAAGUAAUGUGGAAUCCCCCAUCGUUUUUCUCAAAUUAGAGAAGUCAACAGGUUCCAUGAAAAAUGAUCUAAUUCUUCUUGAAGAUAUCGCUGAUCGUGUUUUGAAGGAAGACUCCAUAUUUGUGGUGGCAUCCAAAAGAUCAACAGUAGAUAAAUGUCGCUUGGCUGUUGGAAUUAGAUUGUUCGUUUCUGCCGCCCAUUCAGAAUCUGAUCUGAAGAAGGCAUGUGAGUCAUUGAAAAGAGUUGCGGCAUUGGUGUUGAGGAGGAGUUAAAAUGAGUGGUGCAUGUCAAAUCUGCUCGACCUCAUUAGGCUUGUGUAGAUGGCCUUCAUUUGUUAGACGAUUUUGCAAUCUCAGUUAAAGCCUGUGUCUUCAUUGAUAAUUUAUGCAGUGAUUCUUGUGUGAUUAUUUUAGAAUUGCAGUUUUUUGCUCUUUAACUCCGUUGGGUAUGGUUAUUAAUUACAUACAUAUAUUCUUCUUGUUAUUGGGUUGAAAAUUGGGAUGUUGAUUGUUCACUGGACUGUGGACAGUUUUUUAAAUGUAACAAAUGUAGACAUUUAUUAUUCAUUUUUCAUUCUUCCGGAUCUCC